GUAUUUUAUAAAUAAAUUAAAAACUACCAUUAUGGCUUUUUGUAAGCAAAGUAACCGAUGCUACAACAUCGAAAAAGCAUUUAUUCUACACAGGGAAUAAAUUAGUUUAAAUGUAGAAUAUCAUUUACGUGAGUUGAUCUAGUUAAAGAUGCAUAUUUGAAAAGAUUGUGCAAAGGUUCGAUUAGAUAAUUUUUAUAUAAACUCGGAAGUUUGAAUCUGAAAACUGCAAUUUCAUACUGUAAUUAGGAACAAUGCGGAUCAUUUUAAUUACACAUUUGUUAUUUUACGCAUUCUAUAACGUACGUUGUGGAUACGAAGAUUACUCUCUGUCAUAUUUAGAUUUAAUGGAACACGAAGGUGUUCAAAAAGUUUCCAUGAGUUGCCAACAUGCUCUAAAGGUGUUAUCCGAAAGACUAACAAAUCAUAACUUCAACGAUGACGAUCUAUGGGCUUUGAAAAUGAUGGAUUCUACCUCUAAAUUGCCAACUGGUCUACUCAUCCAUAAUUAUUACGAUUACGGAAAUUUCGAUGAGUGCAUCGAAAUAGAUUCCAAAAGAGACAAUAUUAUGGGAAAAUAUUGUCUGGCCAAUAUGUUCGUCAACAAAUCCACCAUCGAAGAUCCAUCAGAAUAUUUAAAAAAUCACGUUUACUUGAAGAAUCUUCUAUUGAAGAUGUACGAAGAUAACAGUCAUUUGAGGUGGGCUUUUUGCUUACCCAGUAACUGUUCCAAUGAAGAUGCCUUGAAGGUGAUUAACGUCACCGAUAAAUUGGGUUUCAGUGUCGCUUCUGUCAGUUGUCAAACCGCCAAAGAAGCUUUUCCGCCAUUAGAUAGAGAUGGAAUUAUAGGAAUCACAGUUUUUGGUAUAAUUUUUGUUUUGGUAGCAAUUUCCACGGCAAUAGAUUUGUAUUACUUGUACAAACCGCAAGGUUAUGAAAGUUCGAAAAAAACAAAAAAACGUGACAUAAUGAAAGAACCGCUAGUAGAACCAAUGGAUGAUUCAUCUGAACAUCGAAACGUCGAUUUAAACACUGAAAUUUUGAAACAACCCCAUAAAUAUAAUAAUAAUUUAACCGAAAAUCAAAAUGGCGAAGUGGCAACGAAAAUUAUAAAACGAUCUGAUAUCGCGCAGAUUCUUCUCAGUUUUUCUAUCUAUUCAAACAGCAAACGUUUGUUUACUGUACAAAAUCGUCCUUCGGGUUUAUCUUGCUUAGAUGGACUUAGAGUUUUGAGCACUUUAUGGAUAAUAUCUCUACAUUUACUCAUGCUGUACGUUUGGCAACCGAAUUUGAAUCCCUACGACGUGGUUAGCUAUAUUCGUCAAGUCAACAGCACGAUUUUUAUCGGCGGUUCAUUAGGCUGCGAUACAUUUUUAUUAGUAGGAGGAACUCUGGUGGCAUAUUUAUAUUUUAAAAAGGAUGAAAAAAACUUAUCCUCUGUUAAAGGAAUUCUCAAACACUACCUCCAUCGGUAUAUACGUUUAACGCCAGCUCUAUUAGGCGUAAUCCUAUUCACCAUAACAACAUUUAAAUACAUUGAUUCAGGACCGAAUUGGGUAGAUGGUACUACGGAGAUGAGGGAGUCGUGUAAACAAUAUUGGUGGUCGGCUUUGUUGUACAUCCAAAAUCAAUUGAACGUCGAUUCAAUGUGCAUCCGUCAUUCUUGGUACAUAAACGUCGAUAUGCAACUGUAUUUACUGUCGCCCAUUAUUUUGGGGAUAUUGAAGAAAAAUGCGAAAAUGGGCAUUUUCGCUAUAACAAUAGCAGCUUCACUUUCGAUGUGGGUUUAUUAUAGAAGGGAAAUGGAUAACGAGAUGAGCGGAGCGCAUUCUAAGGAUCCUUUGGCUAUGUUCGAUACAGAUUACUAUAAAACCGAAACGAGGGCAGCUCCUUGGUUGAUGGGUACAAUUUUAGGUUACUUUUUAACCAAAAAAGAAUACGCAAAUUAUAAAAUAUCGAAGAAAUAUCUAAUACCUCUUUGGGUCUCGAGUUUGACUCUAAUAGUUCUCGUUGUGAUCGCUAGUCAACCGACGUUACGAAAUAACGACAGUUACUUAUACGAAAGUGCUUUAUACGCGGCCAUCUCUAGACCGUUAUUUGCCCUGGGUGUUGUUUGGGUGAUAUGGGCGUGCGCGACAAACAACGGAGGUCUGAUAAAUAAUUUUCUGUCGCUGCCUGUUUUUAAUUUACUCAAUAAAUUUAUAUACAGCGUGUACCUGUUACAUUUGAUGGUUCUGAAUCACGUUCUGUUCGCUAUGAGGACGCCGAAAUAUUUUAGCACCUUCGAAUUGGCUUAUUCAUAUUGUGGUUUGGUGUUACUAACCUUUGCGGUAUCAAUAUUUUGGGUACUGAUAUUCGAAAUUCCGAUGAUGGCGUUGGAAAAAAUUAUUCUACCAUAAAAUUAGAUCAUUAUCUGG